AUGUGGAUCCUGCGGCUGUGGGUCCUGCAGAUUUUGAUCCUGCAGCUGUGGAUCCUACAGCUGUGGGUCCUGCAGCUGUGCAUCCUGCAGCUGUGGAUCCUGCAGCUGUGGAUCCUGCAGCUGUGGAUCCUGCCGCCUGGCGCCCGCAUCAAUGGGAGGAAAAAUGACCUUGACCUGGCAACAUCCCCGACUGCAGCGACAGAGAGUGAGUGUCUGCACCUGUCCUGUGUCUACACCAGUGUCUACACCAGUGUCUGCACCUGUGUCUACACCUGUGUCUGCACCUGUGUCUACACCAGUGUCUGCACCUAUGUCUACACCUGUGUCUACACCAUUCCGACCUCAGCUCCGGGAGGCCUCAGUCUGACCUCAGCUCCGGGAGGCCUCAGUCUGACCUUGGCUCCGGGAGGCCUCAGUCUGAUCCAUGUUUACAGUAAAUGUCUCAGGAUCAUGGUAUCUCCUGAUCUCUGUGACGGGAACUGUCCGGUCCUGAACCCUCACCUCCUCCGUGGAUCUGCUGAAUGUUGUGGAAGAGCACGGCAUGAGACCGACGAGCCGCAGCUGCACCAAACCCCAACAAUAGGCGUCCUGUUCUGGGGCAGAGAAAAGCCCUGCUCCCUCUUUUCCACGGGACGGGGCCCAUGUGAGCGGGUGGUCACAUAUUUCAGGCUUUUGAAUGAGAUAAUCCUCUGUGAUGUCCCAGUGUUGUGCUCUCGUGUGGAAAAGGGUCUGGGUUAG